AUAACAGGGAGGAAGAGUAAAAGAAAAGCACAGAAGCGGCGAAAACGAACAGCCGAAAGACACAUUGGAAGAUCAAUCGAUAAAUAGUAGCAGCAGCAAGGAUUGUGGACGCAAUGGAACCUUUUGGUGGCGGUCAUGGUCGAGUUCGAGGUCGUGGUCGUGGUCGUGGCCGUCGCUCUCCAUCUACUUCACCGGUAACUAAUACUUGCUUGUGUUUGAAGGUUGUUGUUGGGAACGAGCAAUGUGCGCGAGGUAGGGGCAGCGAGGAGAAGAAGCAACCGCAGAAUUCAUCACCUGAUUCUCGUUCCGAUUCUGACUCUGUUGGAAUGGGAAUGUCAAAGUUAAAUAUUGGCGAUGACGUUGAUAAGCCAUCAGCAGCCGCCGCAUCAGUAGGAGAGGGAGGGUUCGAUAUAUGUCCCCGUAAACAACCUGGAAGCGUGGUUCUGAAACCUCCAUUGCUUGUACAGAACAGAGAAAAGAGAAGAUCCGGAAGUAGUAAUAACAAUGGCAAUGGGUUGUCGUUGAGGCCUGGGAUGGUGCUUCUGAAGGGUUACCUUUCACUGAACGAUCAGCAGAAGAUAGUGGAAAGGUGCAGGGAGUUGGGGGUGGGCGUGGGAGGAUUUUACCAGCCUGGUUACGGGGAAGAGACCAAGAUGCAUUUGAAGAUGAUGUGCCUCGGAAAGAACUGGGAUCCUCACACCUCUCAGUACGGAGAACGACGACCGUUCGACGGAGCCAAACCCCCUCACAUCCCUCCCGAGUUUCAGACAUUGGUCAGCAAUGCACUUCGUGAUUCCAACGCCCUCGUUCCUCAGAAUCGCCUUCCCUCCAUCUCACCCGACAUCUGCAUUGUCAAUUUUUACUCCCAAACUGGCCGUUUGGGUCUUCAUCAAGACAAGGAUGAAAGUGAAGACUCUCUUCGCCGAGGCUUACCCGUCGUAUCCUUCUCCAUCGGAGACUCUGCACUGUUCCUCUAUGGAGAUCACAGGGAUCCCGACAAGGCAGAGAAACUGCAACUCGAAUCUGGGGAUGUUUUGAUCUUUGGUGGCCCCUCCAGAAAUGUAUUCCAUGGAGUUACCGCUAUUCAUCCAAACUCUGCCCCCAACCUCUUGCUGCAACACACUAAUCUACGCCCUGGUCGCUUGAAUCUCACUUUCAGACAGUACUAAGUUAAAUCCAUAUAUAUGGCUUUCUUUCUAUUCUCACUAAUCUAUUCUCUCUUUUUUCUAAAGUAGCCUCGCAUUUACUGAAACGAUAUGCUAAUUUUGAAACCACUGUUAUACUAAUGGUUUGUUUUUGUUUUCCAAAAUGUCUGUUCUUCACCACACUAGCUCGUUAUUUGUUACUUUGCUUGUUUAUCUAUUAUGGAUCCACUCUCUUAUUACUGCAAUUCCGUCACAAUGCU